AUAACUGUGCAGGAGCGCGCACAGCCGUUAUCUGCAAACAUCUGACGCGUUGAACUUUAAGUAGAUUAUUUUAACAAAAUACAUACUAAAACCUCGUUUAGCAUAUUUAGUGGUUUCAUCUUCGAUUAUUUUCUCACUUAGUCGUUAAUAUACAUAAUAGUGACACUCAUUCCGGCGACUUGUUGAGAGCUUCAUCACUUCUGACGCUAAUCUGCUAACUCGCUCCAAGCGCUAAACUGCUUUCCACUUACAAACAACAUCUACAACUGCAGCGAGGCAAAACAUUUGUAACUAUUUCGACUUCAGUUUAGAUACUUCAUUUAAAUGGCUGACCAGUUUACUGAGGUUGAUAGUUUAAGAGAGACGCUGCGCGAGAGUCUGGAAACGGCUGACAAACGCCAGGAGGACAUCAGCAGACAGGAUGUUUUGACACGCAUUGAGAAUGUCAUUCAAACGAUAGUCAUCAAGGUGUCUAAAGGUGAAGCACCUUUGCUGAGAGUGACGAAAAGAUCCAGCUGGGCCAAUGUCAGAUUUCAGAAGUCUGUUGGUUUGGUGCUGAAGGCAGACGCCUCUGUAACGGCUCUCCAAUGUGACUGCCCAUCGUCAGCCACCAAAUUUGCCCUGAUUUUGAAGCUCUUGUCUGUUAUUUACAAACUUGUACAAAGUGACUCCUAUGCUACUAAAAGGGACAUAUACUAUAAUGAUCCACAGCUGUUUGGGACACAGAGGACCUUGGAUUCCAUCGUGGAUGACGUUUCAUGCUUGCUCAAGGUUCCUCGUAGGAGUCUGCAUGUUCUUGCAACAUCCAAAGGCUUCAUCUCAGGUGAUCUGUGUUAUUUGGAGGAAGAUGGCACAAAGGUGGACUGCAAUUCCAGCUCCACAGCUGUCCCUGUGUCUUCCAAUGUUAACGGAAUCAGAAACAUUGUAUCAUCUGCAAAAUUCGUUCUGAUAGUGGAGAAAGAUGCAACUUUCCAAAGACUACUGGACGAUGAUUUUUGUACCAGACUUUCUCCCUGCAUCAUCAUAACUGGUAAAGGGAUGCCUGAUGUCAACAGCAGACUGAUGGUGAGGAAACUGUGGGACGCGCUACACAUCCCAGUUUUUGCUCUGGUGGAUGCAGAUCCUCAUGGCAUCGAGAUCAUGUGCGUCUACAAGUAUGGCUCACUGUCAAUGGCCUUCGAGGCUCACAGUCUGACUGUCCCCAGUGUGCUGUGGUUGGGCCUCCUGCCUUCAGACAUCCAGAGGUACAGAGUGCCAAAGGAAACUAUUAUUCCAUUUUCUCAAGCAGAUGAGAAAAAAAUCAACAGCUUGAGGAACAGAACCUACAUCACCUGCCACCCUGCAUGGGAGAGAGAGGUAGAAAUGAUGCAGAAACUGAAGCAGAAAGCUGAGAUCCAGUCCCUGGCAUCUAUCGCCCCUCAUUUCCUCACUCGAGUCUACCUGCCAAAUAAACUGCACUAUGGAGGCUGGAUAUGAGCGUCUGCUGCCCUCUACUGGAAUAUAAAUGAAGUACAUGACUGAAGACUGUGCAGAUGUUACAGCGUGUUCUUACUUAAUGUUAGAAGAGCAGUUAUGUUGGAUUACCGUCACUGUUGACUAUGUGUUAUGAGCUUGAAUAUGCUACAAAUCAUUUUAGCUGCUACGUUGAAGCUGCUCGGGACUGUCACGUGUUUGCUUUGGUUGUGAAUAUAAUGGAAUAAAUAAACGAAACAAACCAUU